AUGGCUCAUUCUGUUCUCCGAGGUCCCGUUGUGUUUAAUUUUGACAUUGAUUUUUUAAAUUCAUCAAGAGUAAACUUUGAGGCGACCAUUGACGCCAACAGAAAUGGGGACGUUGUAUUAGCCUCUUUCUGGGGUCAGCCCAACUGGAAAUUUAUAGCCAAAAGAUUUACUUUACUCAACGAGGAGAGAGUUGCUAGAAACAAAAGAGUGUUUUUUCGUGAGGUCCAAUUCAUGCAAUCAUCGGAUCACCCAUUUCUGGUUAAAUGCAUUUAUGCAGCUGCAUGCCCCAUGUAUUUAUCGAUAUAUAUGAAAUACUACCACAGAGGCACACUAGAACGCUAUCUUGGCCACAUGAGCCUUGACAUGUCAGAACUAUGCGUCAUCCAAGUGGCGUGUGCACUUCGCUAUCUACACAAGAACAACCUGGUUCACCUCGAUGUAAAACUGGCCAAUAUUUUCCUAGAUGAAGAACAUAACGCUAUCCUUGGGGACUUCGGCCUUGCAAUGGAGAUGGAACCCCAACAACAGACACUGGCCAAACGUUUUAUUGGCAGUACAGAUGGGUACGCGGCGCCGGAAUGGGUGGCAGCUUCACCUGACAUGGAACUGGAUCCCUACAAAAUGGACUCCUACAGUCUAGGCGUGGUGCUCUGGUGCCUGGUGCUUGAACGAGUAACUGGUUUGGAUGUGAACUACUACUUCGAGACCAGAAAGACAGCAGAUCUGCAGCCGAGAAUCAGAGACAUGUUGCUGAGACUUCUACAGUGGGACCCGGUAGAAAGAGUCACAGUUGGCGAUUUCCUUCACAGGGUGCACUGGGACAGUGUCUAUAGAUCGGUUAUAGACAGAAACUAG